UGGAGACAGAGACCUUCAGUGAGAAUGGAGGGAGACCACAGGAGUGGGGAAGUUUCUCAAGGAAGGGAAUCCCUUGGUGUCCAGCAUCUGCCCAGUGGCCAUUUCCCAAAAGAUGAAUGAAGUCCUAGACCAUGGCCCUCCACCCUCGAAGAGUCCGGCUGAAGCCCUGGCUGGUGGCCCAGGUGGACAGUGGCCUCUACCCUGGUCUCAUCUGGCUACACAGAGAUUCUAAACGCUUCCAGAUCCCCUGGAAACAUGCCACACGGCACAGCCCCCAACAAGAGGAAGAAAACACUAUUUUUAAGGCUUGGGCUGUGGAGACCGGGAAGUACCAGGAAGGGGUGGACGAUCCUGACCCAGCUAAAUGGAAGGCUCAGCUCCGCUGUGCUCUCAACAAAAGCAGGGAGUUCAACCUGAUGUACGACGGCACCAAGGAGGUGCCCAUGAAUCCAGUGAAGAUCUACCAAGUGUGUGACAUCCCCCAGCCCCAGGGAUCUGUCAUUAACCCAGGAUCCACAGGGUCUGCUCCUUGGGAUGAGAAAGAUAAUGAUGUGGAUGAAGACGAUGAGGAGGAUGAGCUUGAUCAGUCACAGCACCACGUCCCCAUCCAGGACACCUUCCCCUUCCUGAACAUCAAUGGGUCUCCCAUGGCGCCAGCUAGCGUGGGCAACUGCAGUGUGGGAAACUGCAGCCCCGAAUCAGUGUGGCCCAAAACAGAACCUCUGGAGAUGGAAGUACCCCAGGCACCCAUUCAACCCUUCUACAGUUCUCCAGAGCUGUGGAUCAGCUCUCUCCCCAUGACUGACUUGGACAUCAAGUUUCAGUAUCGUGGGAAGGAGUACGGGCAAACCAUGACGGUGAGCAACCCCCAGGGCUGCCGGCUCUUCUAUGGGGACCUGGGCCCCAUGCCUGACCAGGAGGAGCUCUUCGGUCCUGUCAGCCUGGAGCAGGUCAAGUUCCCGGGGCCAGAGCAUAUCACCAACGAGAAGCAGAAGCUGUUCACUAGUAAGCUGUUGGAUGUCAUGGACAGGGGACUGAUCCUGGAGGUCAGCGGACAUGCCAUUUAUGCCAUCAGGCUGUGCCAGUGCAAAGUGUACUGGUCAGGGCCAUGUGCCCCUUCACUUGCUGCUCCUAAUCUGAUUGAGAGGCAGAAGAAAGUCAAGUUGUUUUGUUUGGAAACGUUCCUGAGUGAGCUCAUUGCCCACCAGAAAGGGCAGAUAGAGAAGCAGCCGCCUUUUGAGAUCUACUUAUGCUUUGGGGAAGAAUGGCCAGAUGGAAAGCCCCCGGAGAGGAAGCUCAUCUUGGUCCAGGUCAUUCCAGUGGUGGCUCGCAUGAUCUAUGAGAUGUUUUCUGGUGAUUUCACCCGGUCCUUUGACAGUGGCAGCGUUCGCCUGCAGAUCUCCACUCCAGACAUCAAAGAUAACAUCGUUGCUCAGCUCAAGCAGCUGUACCGCAUCCUUCAAACCCAGGAGAGCUGGCAGCCCAUGCAGCCUGCCCCCAGUAUGCAGCUGCCGCCUGCUCUGCCUGCCCAGUGACCCAGACUGCUGUGUGUGUCCUCGUCUCUCCUUUCUCUCGUUUUUAUAUUGUACAUAAGGAUUUUUUUUUAAAUUCAGAUUUAGUUAACUUUUAAAUCUCCUUUCUAUAAUAUCAUUAGAAGUCUGAAACUUUCCAAAUAUUCCUAGUUUUAAAAGUUCCUCUUACUUAUCAAGAUAUCAUCCUCUGAGGGGUUCCUUUUAGAUCUUCCUUGGUUGGUGUAGGAGAGAUUUGAUUUGGAAGUUUAGACACCAGGACUCUAGCUGUAGCUGCGUUUCCAUCUGACUUCAGACAGGUCGUUUAACUGGAGGACGUCAGAUGCACUUGUUUAAAAAAACAAAAGAUUUGGAAUGAUGUCCCAAAUUGCAUUCAGCCUUAAAACUGGCUAGAUUAUUUUCCUCUACAUGUAUUAGACAAAACUGCCUGGAACAGGACCCUUCUGCAUUGUUCUUAGACCACAUGUUUUCCCCUUCUUGCUUUCAUCCAAGUUCCUUGAGCACUGAUCUGAUCUGAAUUGAGCUCUGUUUGACCUGUUCUGCUAGUAUAGUCAGCUGGCUCCCUGCUGGGGGGAGUAAGAGAGGAGCUGAUUGGUUGCCUAGCAACCAGUCUUGAUAUCUAAAUAGAGAUGGUGCCAAGGUCUGAAAGUCACCCAACCUGUGUGUGGAGUAAAAGCUCAUAAAGUGAGUGUCAAAGGGGAAGCUGGUGACAUGGAUAAGCCGAAGGAUUCCAUGAGAAAAAGAAUGGUCGUCGGUGGAGGGAUUCCAUGAGAGAAUCGUCUUCAGCAGCAUACUUCGUCCCCACUCAUAUCACCUUAUAUGUGAAGUUGAUGAGCAACUGUGAUUCCAUGUGACUCAGGGCAGACACUCUCCUCUUCCUAGUUUUCUUCUCAAAGACAAUCUGGAGGGAGUUGGGCAUCUAGGAUAUACUCUGAUGACAAAAUGGACGGUUCUUGUUCAGAGACUUCUAAGGGUCUUCCUGACAUUCAGAUUUUUCCAUUUGUGAAAAAUGAGGUGUUGCGUAUGUUAAAGGAUAAAGAAUAGCGCUCUUCUGGGAAAGGCUCAGACCUGCUUAUAUCUCUUGCUAUAAGCAAUGGAGACAGUGAAGAACAGUGCAGCUAUGUCUCAUGGAGUGUCUGCUCUAAUCCCUUCUCAUAAUUUGAAUUCCUAGACUUAGAUGAAAAGCAAGAUGCGUCUCUCUGGUUAUAGCCUCAGUCCUCUUGAAUACUGGUGUCUAUUUGUUCCAUCUCACAGGGACAUGCUCCUCUACAGUCUGCUGUCCUUACGCUAAGGGUAGCACCUUCUGCUUUUCUAGCCACCGAAAGUUGGGAUGCAUUUAAAGUCUAAAAGCUCAACCUAAUCUUGGGUGGCAGUGAGACUUACUUAGGAUGCUUAAGAUUUGGUUUAAAGUUCUCUUAGAGAUUAUUAAAAGGAGGACCAAGAGAAAUCUGGGUGAGUAAAGAAAGGCAGGUGUCUCUGAAUAAGAGCAAAGUAUAAUUGCAUUCACAUAGCCAUAGUAUGAACAUGUCAGAGUAAAACUCUUCGUAUGCUAAUUAGAAAUGUUUAAAGAGACGUUUAGGUAAAAGUUUAAAAGUUGGACUUUUAUAGACCAGGGAUCAUGCAAGGCCUAGGGACUUUAUUCUUUUUUGGAGGAAUGAGUAACAUCAUUUGGUGAGAUGAGUCUUGAUGUAUGGAUGCUCUAUCUGGGAGCUCAAAGUUAAAAGUAACCCAUUAUAGAGAAAGGGAGUGGGCAUCUGUGGAACAAGGGAUGUUUCCUUUCCCUUCUGAGAAAUGUCAACAGGUUAUGAGGAAUGGCCAGAUGACAGGAUCUGGUAAAGAAUGUUGAGAAAUACAUUCUGAGGACUAUGGAUUGAGUUUUUAGUGUGUGACUGUAAUGAAAAGUUGACAAAUUUGUUGGGACGUUGCACAAUCUUGGUGGUUCUAACUAGACAGUUCAGUUUCUUCCUUGUCUUGCAUCUUUUUUUGGAAUACUGGGAGCACACACUACAUGUAGGGUCUUCCAUCUUCAUCUUCAGUAAGCUUUCUCUGGUUUUGGUAGAUACCAGGUCCCCUCCUUUCUAGGAGCUCUAAGUUCCUCGAUUCUUCCAUUCACUUCCCAGUUAUCUUCUUCCUUGCCUUAAUCUGAAGACUCAGAAGGGAGGAGGAUUUCCCCCAGUUCCUCCUUUUCCUUACUGUGCACUCCAGAUUAACUCCAAUGUUAAAAGAACCACUAUAGAUGAACCAGGAAGGCAGAUGUUGAAUCUCAUCUCCUUGUCACAAUUAAGUUCUUGGUUAUGUUCCCUUAGCAUCUUAAACUUUCAGAUAACUGUGUAAUUUGUAAAUUGCUCUACAUCUAUGUCCUGCUUGAUUGACUGCCAACUUGGAAAGUGAAAACUGUUUGUCUUAGAUUUGUUGCCAGGUAUUUAGCAGUGUCUGAUACAGUGUGUUCUAAGAUAUUUGUGCUAUAAUAAAUGAACUAAGUUUUUCAA